CAUGAGAAAUUUUGCAACUCUCUACUGUUUCUAACAUUUUGCGUCGGCAUCCCUCUGGCAGCAUCGUUUGAACACUUUUUGUUCUUCUGUCAGCUGGAGCUCUCCCAUGACACACAUAGCUACAGAUUUUGCAACUCUGGCCCAACGAUAGUAUCUUGUGGACGUCUGAAUACUUAGAUCGUCUCCUAAGUCCUUCAAGUUGCACACGGACGUGGUCUCUCUAAACAACCGAGCUGUGAUUCAGAUGUAUUGAAUUUCAGGAUGCUCUGCUCCUCAAUGACAUUAUCGGACGUGAGCUUUCUGGUGUGGUCGUUACUUGGAAGGUGCUCAGUGAGCUCACCCAAACCAACUGAAUUGGGCACUCGGAAAGCAUCGGUCCCAAGUUAUUUCUAUCACGUCUGCCAGCGAGCAAGAUACUAUGGUCAGAUCAAAUCUUCCAGGAGGACGUAUGAAGCAGAAGCGAGCGUCCGUGAUGCUAUGGUCUUUUGUGUCGUCGAUUCCCACGAUCACCUGCCCAUGAUAUUCAUUCUCGUGUGCUCACUGCACUGGCUCAAUUCGGGACAGAAGAAGAUCACUGAAAGGCCAUCAAUACGAGCCCGUAUAAUUAUAAAAAUUAGAAACUGGUCUUCCUGCACAGUCAUGCAGGCCUACAGAUCAUGAGUCGAGAUGUACCUGGCUGUGUGAUGCAUUACAAUCGCAUCAACUGCACGGUAUAUUGAGUGCAGUGCGUUUUGCAUCAGAUUCGCUUUACGUCCACCAUUUUGGUGAAUCCCUUGCAAAAUAUAA